AUGUCCAUCAUCCCACCACCCCCAAAACCAUACACUCCCGGCCUGGAUUUCGCCAGCAGGAGAUAUGUCGACCCUGCCGCCCAAUUCGACCACGAGUGCUCCGAGGCGUUGCAUGUCAUCAAGGCCAAGCUCCAGGACUUUGCCGAGCUGGAAGCCCUGAUCUCCAUAACCCUGAGCGACGGCACUUUUAGCAAGCCGCCGGUCUACAUUGACGCCCGCGGCGGUCACGUCGGUGUUUUGGACGAGACGGACGCCGUGCCCGAUGCUCAGACGACCCUGAAGCCAGGCUAUGUGAUCCGCUUCCACCAGGGGAUCCUCGACCCGCGCUUGGGUCUUUUCAUGGACGCAGCCGCAAACCCCAAGACGGUCCCAACCGGCAAUGUGCCCAAAAUCAUCCGCUGGGCCGACUUGCUCAACAAAACGCCGGUGCAGCUGCUCAGAGGUGCCGACUCCUUUGACAGGCUGCCGCAGCCCACGGAGGAUUUGGAGCAGGUGAAGCGGGAUAUUGAAGAGUUUGGUUACGGGCUAAUCGCAAACGCGCUGCUGCCUGCCGAGGUCGCUAUCAUUCGCGACGCAGUAAUGUCCCAAGCCGCCGGGGAGCAGGCUGCCGGCGUAGCCACUUUUGAUGGCGGUCCAGACAAGCCUAACCAACGUGUUUGCGAUCUUUUAAAUCACCCCCUAAUUGACGCCAUCGUCCCUUGGUUUUUGGGCGAGCACGCCCAUAUAUCCACCUAUACCGCCAACAUCGCGCGACCGGGCAACGUACCUAUGAUAGUGCACACGGACCAAGCGGCCAAAACGCCACCUCAGCGGCAUUUGGCGCUGGGACUUAAUAUUUCGUUUUAUUUGGUUGAUACGGAAGAUGUCAACGGAGCCACGAGAAUGUGGCCUGGCAGUCAUGUGGGGAACGUUGCACCGUGUGAUAUUUGGAGUAUUGACGGUUCAAUCCCGUCGGCUGCCCCAGCGGGAACAGCCGUUAUUUUCGACAAUCGACUUUGGCACACAACAGGCCCAAACCGAGCAGAUCCGGCGGCUACCAACGCCGAUCGCCCCGUUAUUCUGCUGCAUUUUGUUCGUUCCUAUGUUCGCGCGGGCGAAAAUCACUAUCUCAGCAUGCGCAAGGAAGUUCAGGACAAGCUCCCCGACCGCCAAAGGGCGUUUUUCGGCUUCAGAAAAAUUCCUGGCGGCGGAAGUGUUGACGGCGGCACCAAGGUUGAGUUUGUUAGCAGAAUCGAGAAUGCCGUCGGAAGGUUGAGAGUUUAA